GUGGCCCCCUAGGCGACCGCCUAUAUGGCCUAAGCCGUAAGCCGACCCUGUGUCUAACUGUUAACCAUGUUGCUUUACUUUCCACUUGUUGUCACCUGUGGCUGUUUACUUCAUUUUCUCCUGAAUAUGAACACAUAGUUGCUUUAAAGGCUUUUAUGACCAGACAACUGUUUCUUAUUGUCAUCGUAUUGAUGCUUAUUUUAUGCUGAGUGAAGCAACAGUGAAUGUCAAAUAAACAGUGUGGUUUCUUUGCCAGAAAGGGAACCAUAUCAUGAUGACAUGUCAUGUUAUCAUGUGACCGUGACCCUUUACCCUUUACCCUUUACCCGUGCUCAGUGAUCACUUUGUCACUUAAAGUGAGGGGAGGUCUGUGUGUUAAAGGGCAGGGAUCGUGUGUUUAAGAGAGUUCACUUCUCUCGUUCCUCAAAAUGUGCCCCGAACACAGGAGGAGCACAUGGGAUCUGAAGUGAACUCAGGGCACCAGGCUCAGUGCAAAAGAUUAUGGAUUUAAAGUCAACCCUUCUGGUGGUUGGAGGAUCUGCGUGCUCUUUCAAACUGCUGAACACGAUCAUCAGAUUCCUUCCAACACCAGAGCUGGCACGCAAGAAACCCUGGAGGUGGAGGAAUAUCUGCACUUCUUUAGCUCACAGCUCGCUGACCGGAGCAUGGGCUGUUUUAUGUUUCUACCUUCAACCUCAGAUGUUGGAGGACCUGAUCUCCUCUCACUCCUUGCUCUCCCACAGUCUCGUAGCUGUGUCUUCAGGUUAUUUUAUCCAUGACUUCUUAGACGUGGCCUUGAACCAGCCAUGUAAACAGUCCUGGGAGGUGCUCCUCCACCACUCUGUGGUGCUCUCCUGCUUCAGUCUGGCGGUAACGUCCCGCCUCUAUGUGGGCUACUCUGUGAUGUCUUUGCUGGUUGAGAUCAACUCCGUUUUCCUUCACAUCAGACAGCUCCUCCUCCUGUCAGGACGGAGGAACAGGCCGGGGAAUGACAUCACAGCCCCUCACCCCUCUGUGACCUUCAGCGUGACCAGCUGGCUCAACCUGGGAACGUUAUUGGUGUUUCGGGUCUGCACGCUGGCUUGGAUGACGCACUGGCUGGCAGCUCACAGUGAAUGUAUACCUCGCUACGUGCUGAUGAUGGGGACGGUAGGCCUGAGUCUCGUCUCCAUCAUGAACAUGGUGCUGUUUUACAGGCUGCUCAGGGCAGACAUCCUCAGCAGCACACACAACACCAUCAGAGACCACUAGAGCAGGGGUUCCCAACCUGGGGGGGUCGCGAAGCCUUCUUGAUUUAAAGGGGUGUAAGACAACUUUUUAAAAAAAAUAUACCGUUGGCUGAUAUCUCAGUAUUUCAUUCAUUUCUGUGAAGAUAACUAAAUG